GGAGGGUAUGGGGGAAGUUAAUCAUUAAACUGCAAUGUCUUCUCCUUAACUCCUUCACGACCUGCGGGCAGACUGCUGGUCCUGGUAUUUCCAGACUGCUGCUCUUCUGCGGACGAGUAAAAGUAAACCAGUAAAUGUAGCUGAGCUCCUCUCUUCUGUGCCGUUAGUAAACGUGCUGGUUUUCUGCCUGAUGGUUCAUUCAGCGCAGCACUGAGCCGAGGGGGGGAAUUUUGUGGCAAGAUGGUUACAUCUGCCUGUCCUGCAGCAAGGGCUGGGGGUGGAGGGUGGAAAAGUGCUUUGGGUCCCCUCUGCAGGGCUGGAGGAGUCAGCACCCUCAUGGGAUUUUCACUUCCUGGUGGAGUUUGCUUUGCCUUUGUCAUUGGUGGGGAGAAGCGAAAACCACACCUUCUGGGAUAGCACUUCUCUUGGAGGUUGUGUGCACGAAACCUCCAGUCAUAGGACCUGCCUGGUCGAAGGAAUUGCAGCUCUUCAGCAGUUUCCUUGAGAUGCCUUACUGGCAGACCUGGAAUCCACCACCUCCCAUAUCUCCAAACGGCCAGUGUUUCUAACGGAGGAAACACCUUACUCCUAUCCAACUGGAAACCACACGUACCAGGAGAUUGCUGUGCCACCCCCAGUGCCUCCGCCACCUUCCAAUGAGGCCCUGAACGGCACUGUGAUUGACCCCUUAGACCAGUGGCAACCCAACGUGUCCAGAUACGUCCACCAGCAACCUCAGUCCCAGUCUCCUAUAUACAGCUCUAGUGCCAAAAGCUCCAGUGCCUCUGUUCCUAGAGACGGGCUCAGCUCUCCUUCUCCCCGUGCCAGUGAAGAGGAACACGUCUACAGUUUCCCAAACAAGCAGAAGUCUGCAGAACCAUCUCCCACAAUGACCAGCUCCUCUCUAGGCAGCAACCUCUCAGAACUGGACAGACUUCUUCUGGAACUGAAUGCUGUUCAACAUAAUCCCACCAGUGGCUUCCCAGCAGAUGAAGCCAACAGAAGCCCAUCGCUGCCCGGCAUGACUGGACCUCACUAUGUUGUCCCAGAGAGCAGCAGCUCUGUGGUAGAGAAGGCUGCACCCCCAACAAAAGAAAAGCCAAAGCGAAAUGGUGCGCGCGGGAUCGAAGAUGUGCGUCCCAGUGUGGAGAGCCUGCUGGAUGAGCUGGAGAGCUCUGUGCCAAGCCCAGUCCCUGCAAUCACUGUGAGCCAGGGCGAGGUGAGCAGCCCCCAGCGGGUCACCAGUCAGCAGCAGACUCGUAUAUCUGCUUCUUCAGCUACACGAGAACUGGAUGAGCUGAUGGCAUCUCUCUCUGACUUUAAGUUCAUGGCGCAAGGGAAAGCCGGGAGCAGCUCCCCUCCAUCCACAGCCUCCAAGCCUGGCAGUCAGCUGGACACCAUGCUGGGAAGCCUCCAGUCUGACCUGAACAAACUGGGUGUAGCUACAGUUGCCAAAGGUGUCUGUGGAGCCUGCAAGAAGCCUAUUGCUGGGCAGGUAGUUACAGCCAUGGGGAAAACCUGGCACCCUGAGCACUUCGUCUGCACCCACUGCCAGGAGGAGAUCGGGUCACGAAACUUCUUUGAGCGGGACGGUCAGCCCUACUGUGAGAAGGACUAUCACAACCUCUUCUCUCCUCGCUGCUACUACUGCAAUGGGCCGAUCCUUGAUAAAGUGGUGACGGCUUUGGACAGGACAUGGCACCCUGAACACUUUUUCUGUGCCCAGUGUGGAGCUUUCUUUGGACCUGAAGGAUUUCAUGAGAAGGAUGGCAAAGCCUAUUGCCGCAAGGACUACUUUGAUAUGUUUGCUCCCAAGUGUGGAGGCUGUGCCCGGGCUAUCCUGGAAAACUACAUCUCUGCUUUGAACACCCUGUGGCACCCUGAAUGCUUUGUCUGUCGGGAAUGUUUCACACCAUUCGUCAAUGGCAGCUUCUUCGAGCAUGACGGGCAGCCCUACUGUGAGGUGCAUUACCACGAGCGCCGCGGCUCGCUCUGCUCCGGUUGCCAGAAGCCUAUCACAGGACGCUGCAUCACUGCUAUGGGCAAGAAAUUUCACCCCGAACACUUUGUGUGUGCCUUCUGCCUCAAGCAGCUCAACAAAGGAACCUUCAAAGAACAGAACGACAAGCCCUACUGCCAGAACUGCUUUCUCAAGCUCUUCUGUUAGAGGCAUCAUAGAUGGGCGCUAAGCAUCUUUCUACCACCCCCUUGGCAGUUCUGUCUCUCUGAACAUUACUGUGAUUUAGAAACCUGACCAGGCAGGGGAGGAGGGUGGGGUGGGGGUGGGUGGGAGUGCUUUCUGCUGCUAUGAGAGGCAGUAGAUCCAGAGAUGAGACGGACCAUUAAACUGGAAAUGCCCUUGCUGUGUCUCAGUAGAGAGAGGCCGAAAUCCCUCAUUGCGGUGCGAGUCUGUGUGUGUGACUGACAGCUGAGCUUAGCUCAAGGGCUCCAACAGGGAGAUUUUACCCAGCCCCCUCCUGGCAGAAGGAGUCUUUGCCAGUACAUUUCAGCCUGUGUCAGCUUCCUGAGCAAAUGGUGACACUUGCAGACAGCACAGCCCUCUGCUUUGACACCUUUCUCAGGCUUUAGUCUGCGUGCAUGCAGUCGGAGCGAUAGCACAGCGAGGGCACCCUGUGAUCUCGGUGCCACCCUGUGAUCUCUGCUCACUAAGGCCAAGGGGUGUGUGUGACUGAAAGAGAUCAGAGCAUCAGCACAGGCAGCCAAGACCCUGCAAGGGUCUCUCCAGUUCCAUUACACUGUAAGGAGAUGAUACCACUUAUUUUUUUUUUAAGAGGAAUCAAGGUGUUACUGUGUGGGGUGUUUGUUUUGUUUUCUUUUUUUCCCCCUAGUUUGUUAUUCCCUGCCUUUUCUCAACGCACUGGAGCAGGAGGUGGAGUAAGCCCCAACCAUCCCUUAGCACUGAUGUGCGCUCCUGUGGAUGACAUCCUAUGCCAGGCACCUCUGUCAGCACCCAGGCUUGCUCAGGGCAUCUGCUCCCCUUGCCUGCUGCUCCCGGGAGGGAGGAAAAGGCAUCAUCCCUGCUUUAAAAGCAGGAGCAGACAGGUUAGAGCACAGCCUUUUUCAUCCAUCCCUGUCAUGAGUGUGUGACGUGUGUGUGUUUAUCUGGCCUGAAACUCUCCCAUCUAUCAGGGCCUGAAACUGUCACAAGAGCAGGGAGAAGUGGAGGGUUUAAGAAGCCAGGAAAAAAAAGAUCCAAACUUGGUAUCCUUUCUUCUUCCUCUCUUUGCUAAUGAGACUUGUCAGCCCCAUGGUAUUUCCCUUUUCUGUGCUCUUGUUAAACAUGUUCUACUGAGAGAUGCUAGAGCAAUAACCUUUUAUAUUGACUGUUACUGGUAUAACAAGUCCCUUGGGUCAGGUGUGUGUGACACACUUGGGGUUUUACUAUCAAAGCAAAUACUGUAUCCUGUCUUUGAUAAGAACUGUAGAUUUCUACACUGAUUUUGAAUUCAUAUCUAAUUUACUUUUAAUCCUCUUAUACAGAAAUUGGUUUUGAAGUGAUUUUAAGAAAGCAACUUUUAUAUCAAGCUGUGCUGUUCUAGGCAGUAUGCCAGUUGUGCUGGUUACUGCAUCUGUAACCUCAACGCUUUGUUAAGCCUAACUAACACUCAAUAAGUUUCUUUUUUUGCGGGUUGGGAGGGGCUGGAAUCUUACGGGGGAGGGAAUGUGACUUGUAUGUUGUUUUUUUUUCUCCUAGCACAGGCAGGUGAACUGUGAAUAGCUCCCACCCCCCAGUCACCUGAAAGUAUGUGUUUUGGGGUUUAUUGUAACCUGUAAACUGCUGUAUUUGAAUCGCCUGCCAUUCUCCCAAAGCCCACCUUCCAGGGUGUUAGAGUGAGUCUUAAUAUGAUGCUGCAGGGGGGAAGAGCUCAGACUUUUGCCCUUGGUUUCUCCUCUUCAGCCCCUGGAAACCAGAGCAGGGCUGCUUGGGGAAGGGCUUCCUUUUCUCCUGUGGGAGAAAGGUCUUGUGCCUAAGGAGAAGAAACUGGGAGAGACAGACUCUGUUCCUGACUAGCUGUGUAACUUUGGGCCAGUCACUAAACCUUACCGUGCCUCAGUUUCCCCAUCUGUAAAAUGGGGGCAGUUUAGCCUGGAUUUGUGAGGUGGUUGUGAGGCUUAGUUCACGUUUGCUAAAGCACUUUUAGGUCUCUGGCUGGAGGGUGCUAUGGAAGGUGAAGUAUGAGGUUGAAAUGCCCAA